GGUUUCUGUAGCAUGUUGAGUACAUUGGUUCUUUGUCGCUCACCUAUGUAUUAGAAGAAGCGAGCACACAUGUAGUUGUCUUUGUUUCGUCAUGCACUGUUUGUAUUUCAGGUUCAGAUCAUGUAGUCCCACGCCGUGUGGUUGCUUUAUGUUGCUGCUUUUUAUGUUCACAGCAAGAGCAACGCCACCGGCGUGUUUUGCCUAGAGAGCAGGUGGAGAGGAACUGCUAAGUGAUAUUUGUAGGCAAUGUGUAAAAACUUUACUAAGCUUGCAUCGAAAAUUUCACGACCUUGUCCUACUUGCCCAAACAAAAAUAUCUGACAAUUCCACCAGCAUGGUCGUUGAAAACCCCAGCCUACAGCUACGCGAGGAUCCGUUCCAGUGGCUGUCCCAGCAGGGUGCUGCGAAGGAGCAUCUCCUUGCCGGUAAUGCACUGGAGAUCGCUGGCAAGCUGGAUGCGAGUCAAAGCAUUCUCUCGUCGUCGUCCACCACGGCGUCGUCUAGCAGCAGCAGCUGUUCUUUGCCCAGUCGAUGCUUUCGCGACAGGUUUCGGAUACCUCCCCUGAAAAGCUUCGCGGCACCUCCAGCGGCGAACAAAUCCGGGGGCGGAGGACCAUUGUCGCCGGUAGACGAGGACGAGGAAUCGGUGUACCUCGUCGGGCAUUCCCUGGGCCUGCAACCAAAGGAGACCCGGGAGCUACUGUUAAACGAGCUGGACAAAUGGGGGCAGUUCGGUGUGAACGGACACUUUUCCGGGGACUUUCCCUGGAUGCCCAUCGACGAAUUUGCAACCCCGGCGGCCGCAAGGGUGCUCGGUGCGAAAGUGGAAGAGGUAGUCGGAUUUUACUCAUUUGCCAACCACUUUUCUUUGCUGCGAUCUUUUGAAAAUUUUUCCCACUUAUUCUGGUAUCGGAAGAACAACUUCCGACGGUACAACUGUCUGACAGAGGGCGCGCCCUCGCCCUGAGGAUACCGCAAACAACUAUCAUUGUUUUCACCACAAGAACCGUCUGCACACCUCUUCCAGGUUUGCAUAAUGAACACGCUUUCUGUGAACCUGCACCUGAUGUUUACGACGUUUUACCGGCCGGAGCGCAACCGGCGGUUCAAGAUCUUGUACGAAGCCCAGGCCUUUCCCAGUGACUUUUUCGUGUUUCAGAGCCAAGCACAGCUCCACGACCUGGACCCGGAGGAGGCCUUGCUGCCCGUUCCCGCGGACCCUGAUACCGAUCUCGUCGACGAGGAGAGGCUCUGCGAACUGUUGCGCGAAGACCGCGAGAUCGCGGUCCUCUGCCUGGGCGCAGUCCAGUACUACAGCGGGCAGUUCUUCGACGUUGCUAAAAUCACCAAAGUCGCCCACGAAAACGGUGUGGUCGCGCUGUUCGAUCUUGCGCACGCGGUCGGCAACGUGCCACUGGAGCUGCACAAGUGGAACGUCGACGCUGCCUCGUUUUGCACGUACAAGUACCUGAACAGCGGACCGGGUUGUAUCGGAGGUUUUUUUGUGCACGAACGGCACUUGCAAACCAUGAAUCUGCUGGACGCUGGAGCGGUACAAACGACUAGUACCAAACUGCCGAGCGAGCACGGGGCGGCGUUAAGUUCAGGAACUAUUGACGAGGAUGACGUAUUGCGGGAAAGGUCUUCGUAUGCGGAAAGCACUCCGACUAACCAGCAGGUGAUAAAGCUGAGAAGCACACCCUCGAUAGGACAUAUAUCGGAAGAAGCUGGAGAGGCUUCCGAGGUGCCCCCGAUGCACGGCGGUAGUGGGGACGGUAAGGAACCAAUUCUUGUUCUUUCUUUGGUUCUUUACAGGUUUAAGGCUGAGACCUACAUUCUUUUUUGUACGCAAGCGCAGUGAUGUCAAGUGCUAAAGGCAAGAAUGAUUUCUCUGCUAACGCACAUCAGAGCACGUCUUGAACCGUGAGUGGUCGAAGGAUGUGGGCACGAAGCGGCUCGCCGGCUGGUGGAGCCACGACAAAAGCACAAGAUUUGAGAUGAAGCAUAAACUCCAGCCGGCCGCAGGGGCGAAAGCGUUCAGCUUGUCAAACCCCGGUGUCAUGCUAAUGAUGUGUCUGAUCGCCAGCCUCCGAGUGUUCGACCAAACCAGCAUGGAGGACUUGCGCGUUCGGAGCAAAAGGCUGACCGCGUUCUUAUUUGAACUCUUGGACGAAGUAGUGCCGGAGAUGAUUUCGCGGAAGACAACUGGUGCUGCGGCAGCAGGUGAGGAAGAACUACAAAUAAAGCCGUUCACAAUUAUUACGCCAAAAAACCCAGACAGCCGGGGUUCCAUGCUGACUUUGAAGUUCAAAAAAUCAGACACCUGUAAGAAGGUGCACGAGGCGGUAGAAGCGCGCGGAGUCGUCGUGGACUACAGGCGGCCAGAUGCACUUCGCAUUACGCCGGCACCAUUGUACAAUACCUUCACAGACCUCGCACGUUUUUGCGCGAUUUUCUCCGAAGAACUUGCAAAGUUGUCUUAGUGGUUACGGCAGAACGUCGUCGUUGGUGUCGAAAAACGAUGGCGGCGCAACGUGGUCGCCAUCAUACAUCCACACUUUACUUUGAGCACCA